UUUUCCCUCCAUAGAAACCCUAGAAGCAGCAGGAGCUCUCUACACUCUACUCGCUCUCAAGGCUAACCGAAAUACUCACACAGAGAUGCCGCGUGGUGGUGGUAACUACUAUAACUUCACGAAGAUCAGGGACGCCAUUGAUUCCGUCGGCGCGAAGGUCAACGUUAUCGGCGUCGUCCUCGAGUGCGGCUUCCCCCGCCGAUCCAGAGGCACCGAUUGGUUUGUUUCGGUGCGGAUAAUCGACGAGACGCAUCAGGAUCCCGGGUUGUCAGUUAACAUUUUUACAGAUAGGAGUGAGUGUCCUCGCAUUUUAUCUGUUGGAGACAUAAUUCAGUUCCAACGCAUCAUGAUUAAACGUCAUGUAGAUAAAGUAAAUGCUGUUUUUUCCAAGAAGUUCUCUACCUUUGCUAUUUAUUACGGAAGUGAUGCUAGAAGUUUAAGUCCUUAUCAUGCUUCCAAAACAUUUCGCGAGAGAGACCAUGACAAGAACUUUUUGAUAGACUUGAGAAGAUGGUCGACGAAUUUCCAUUUUCACGAAGGUAUACUUAAAAGUGCAAAUUAUUUCUCAUUCAUCAGAGAAAUGAAGGGAGGUGAAGAUUUUAAUUUGGUUUGUAAAAUAAUUCAUAUCCACGAGGGUGCUGGAAAUGAAUGGAUGGCCUUUGUUUGGGAUGGAACCGAUGCUUCACCAGCUAAUAUUCUUCAAAAGUUAGAAGAUGAAACGAAGCACCCACUUCCCCUACAUCUAGAACCAUUUCCUUUGCCACGCGAUACCUUAUGCAGCUUUCCUGCAGUUGGAACUGUCUUAAGAGUGAUAUCUCAGGACCUUGAGAAUGACAACCUUCGCCUGCUAAAAACUGGGGAGUGGGUGAAGCUUGUAAAUUUGCUUUGUGAGGUGCAUGCAGGAUUAUGGCGUUGUGUUUUGACACCCUUUACGAAGCUUCGAUAUACACCAAAAGAGGACCGUCUCAAACUUGAGCGGAAAAGGAUAUUUAAUGAACGAUUAGCCCAAAGUCCAGAAAAUUUAAUGCAGAUGCCGUUUGGGGGCUUUCCGUCUCCUCAAGUCACAGAGGUUGAUGAUAGUGAUGACGACCAUGCAAUAUUUCUUACCUUAAUGGAUGUUGUCGCAAGUUCAGAGCUUCCAGCUAGAUUCAAGUGUGUAGUUCGAGUCAUAGCAGCUUCCCCAUGGCAGGCUGCGGACUUCCUCUUUCCUGCUGGGAUUGACAGAAUUAGGCUGACUCUGGAGGACUCGACCGCUAGAAUUCAUGCUUUUUUGUAUGCAGAAGAUGGGGUGAAAUUUUUCGAUGGCCAGUCCUCUGUUAAGGCAUUGGAGAUCAAAUGUAAUGCCUUGUUAGGAGUGAGAGUAAACAACGAUGGGGUGCAAGACGACCCUCGUAGAAAUCCCCCUUGGGUACAAGUUUGGCUAAAAUCCGAAACUGACCAACAAGGAAAUCUGCACUACCGGAUUUUUGGCACCAAAGUGGUGGCGGCCUGA